ACGCACACGGCGCGCAGAGCCGCCCUCCCAAUCAGCAGCAUUUCCUCUCGCCGACGGACCAAUACCUCUCAGUUUGCACGGCUCCCUCCACCUCAGCCAGCUGUUUUCUUAAGGAAUAGACACAAUUGGACGAGGACAUUGUAUUUACUAUCGCCCCACAGCAGCCAUCCUUUUGCUUUUUGUUUGUCAGGGCAGCCUUUUUCUUGGGAGCGUCUCUGGAGCAGAUAUAUAUAUAUACAUUUUUUUCCCCCUCAUCUGGUUGAAUUUCCUCUGAGAUGGAAGUGAGAUGUCGUCCGGCGGCGAUGUGCUGCGCUCUCGCCGUCCUGUGCUCCGCGCUCCCCCGGUCGCUGGGGUCCCUCCUCUGGGACAGGCAGUACCUGAACGAGUGGGCGGUGGAGAUCCCGGGCGGACUGUCCGCCGCGGAGGAGAUCGCCCGAGAGCUGGACUACAGGCUGGUCCGACAGAUUGGGGCCCUGAAGGACCAUUUCUUGUUCAAACACCGCAAUCAUCCUAGCAGAAUGAAACGAAGCGCCAACCACAUCACCAGGCGGCUGUCGGAGGACGACCGGGUGCUGUGGGCUGAGCAGCAGUACGAGAAACGCCGCAGCAAGCGGGCGUCCCUCGGGGGCUGCAGGGAUUGCCCCGUGGAUAAGCUGUUUGAUGAUCCCAUGUGGAACCAGCAGUGGUACCUGCAAGAUACGCGGACGUCGUCCUCACUGCCAAAGCUGGACCUGCAUGUGAUCCCCGUGUGGCAGAAAGGCAUCACAGGAAGAGGAGUGGUCAUCACCGUCCUGGAUGACGGGCUGGAGUGGAACCACACCGACAUCUACUCCAACUACGACGCAGCAGCCAGCUAUGACUUCAACGACAAUGACCCAGACCCCUUCCCCAGAUAUGACUCCACCAAUGAAAACAAGCACGGGACCAGGUGUGCUGGGGAAAUCGCCAUGCAGGCGGACAACAAUAAAUGUGGGGUUGGAGUGGCAUACAACUCCAAGGUUGGAGGGAUUCGUAUGCUGGAUGGGAUCGUGACGGAUGCCAUCGAGGCCAGCUCUAUCGGGUUCAAUCCGGAACACGUGGACAUCUACAGUGCCAGCUGGGGACCCAACGAUGAUGGCAAGACGGUGGAGGGCCCGGGCCGCCUGGCCCAGAAGGCCUUUGAAUACGGUAUCCAGAAGGGCCGCGGGGGGAAAGGCUCUAUCUUCGUCUGGGCCUCAGGUAACGGUGGCCGUCAGGGCGACAACUGUGACUGUGAUGGCUACACUGACAGCCUCUACACUAUCUCAAUCAGCAGUGCCUCCCAGCAGGGCUUGUCCCCCUGGUACGCUGAGAAGUGCUCCUCCACUCUGGCUACAGCGUACAGCAGUGGAGACUACACCGACCAGAGGAUUACGAGUGCUGAUCUGCACAAUGAGUGCACUCAGACUCACACUGGAACGUCGGCCUCUGCCCCGUUGGCUGCCGGAAUAUUUGCCUUGGCGCUGGAACAAAACCCGGAUCUCACCUGGAGAGACCUGCAGCACAUUGUAGUCUGGACCUCUGAGUUCGACCCUCUGGCCAAUAAUCCGGGCUGGAAAAGGAACGGAGCAGGGCUGAUGGUGAACAGCCGCUUCGGCUUCGGCCUCCUAAAUGCUAAAGCCCUGGUGGAUCUUGCCGACCCGGCCACCUGGAAACACGUGCCUGAGAAGAAGCAAUGUAUCGUCAGGGAUGAUUCUUUCCAGCCAAGGGAGCUCAAAGCAGCAGGGGAGAUCACUAUAGAGAUUCCAACCAAAGCCUGUGCGGGGCAGGAGAAUGCAGUCCGCUCAUUGGAGCACGUGCAGGUGGAGGCCAGCAUUGAAUACACCAGGAGAGGAGACCUGCACAUCACGCUCACCUCCCCAGCCGGUACCAGCACGGUGCUGUUGGCUGAGCGAGAGAGGGACACGUCCUCCAACGGGUUCAGAAACUGGGACUUCAUGUCCGUCCAUACGUGGGGGGAAGACCCUGCUGGUACAUGGACGCUAAAGAUCACAGACACUUCUGGCCGCAUGGAGAACGAGGGUCGCAUUUUGAACUGGAAGUUGAUCCUUCAUGGGACGUCGGACAAGCCAGAGCACAUGAAGAAACCCAGAGUGUACAUCCCCUACAAUGCUGUGCAGAAUGACCGACGUGGUGUGGAACAUAUGGACGACAUGAUGGAGGAGCCCACACAGGCCCACUCACCUCCUAAGGCCGAAGCUGCACACGCCCCUCCCUCUUCCAACCCAGAGAAGUUGCCCCAAAAGCCCUCAAAUUCACCCUACUCCCCCUCUCAGGCCCUGCUGCGUCUACUGCAGACGGCCUUCAACAGGCAGACCCCUGCCCUGCAGCAGCUCCAGGCCAAACCAAGAUCCCCCUCCAUCUGGAGGAAGCAGCAGCAGCAGCAGCAGCAGCAGCAGCAGCAGCAGCUGGACAGGAGCCUCUCCCCUCCCGCUACAAGACUCCCCCCUCAGAAGCUGUACCAGGCUCUGGACAUGAUCAACAAGUACCGGGGUCGCCAGGACAGUGUCUACAGCGACUACAGCGAUGGCUUCUACAGCAGCAAGCCGUACAGGCACAGAGAUGACCGACUGCUGCAGGCCCUGUUUGACAUGAUAGAUGAUGAUGGCAAGUGAAGGCCGUGAGGAGAGGAGAGGAGAGGAGAGGAGAGGAGAGGAGAGGAGAGAUAGACCCAUGGUUGUGUGUUGGUUUGGGAGCAGAGGAACACGGCGAAAGAAGAGAGAGGGCAGAGGGAACGGAUGAGGCAUUGGAGGAGAAGAGAAGAAAUACAGGAAAGAAAAACUCUUCCACUCUUCUUCUGUUCUGUUUUCCCCCAAUAUGCUGCAUUUAUGAUCUCUUUACAUUCAUCUGCCAAUCAUAAUUCACUAAUGGUUCCUUUCAUUCAGUCACGGAUAAUGUUCACAGUCCACAUACGAUCCAAAACAUGGACUUCAGAAGAGCCUCUGCUACAAACUGUAUCUCCAUGUCGUGAAAGUGAAAGCAUUCGAACCAGUAAGAAAAGGAGGGGAAAGCCCUGUCUCUAUUCUCUUCACUGCAAGCUGUUUCCUCUGCAUGCCACAUUUAGAAUAUACGUUUUGUAUUGGUAUCUGCAUAUUAUCUAUACAGUAUAUUAUACAAAGACAAUGAUUGUAAUAUGGUUUUGAAAACAUGACAUCUAAAAUCUUCAAUUUCAAAAGUCCUGUUUCUAUUUAUACUUUAACAGUUUUCCUGUCCUUUUUAUUUCUGAAUUUGUUUCACAUGAUACUUACUCACUACAUUCACUUUAGAAGACUAAUUGAUUCUUUAAAAAAAACCUGAAAUGAAACAAUUGAACUAGAAUAACAUUGGAAAAGAAAAAAAUCUUACAUUGACCAGCAGUUGGAAAUGUUUUAAAAUGUUGACAAAAGAUUUGUUCUCAGGGGAUCAACAAAGCUCAAGAGGGUAAAAGAAUUGAAUGACAGCACUGUAAGUAUUAAGAGAAAUAUAUUAUUGCGAAAGAUUAUUUGCUAUAUUAAAGUAUGCAGAUGAGACAAUACAGUUGCACCAAUAAACUAUUUAAAAGGCGAAUACAUAAAAAAAAAUAUUCUGCUGAUAACAAAUAACAGGGAGCUUUUCAGUCGGAGUAAAUAUUCAAAAUGAAAAAAAAGGAUAACCGAUUAAUCUUAUUGUGCAGUUUGUUUCAUUUUUUACAAGUACAAUGCUGCAUUAAAUGAAAUAUUUUUCUAAGGAUCCUCAUAGUUUAUGGAAAUUAUAUAUACAGUAUCAAACCCUUGAACUGUUUAUUUUCUUGUGGCACAGCUCACUCAACAACUGGUAAGUCAGUGUAGUUCUCAUAAUAAACACUGCCAAAAUCUCUGCUGUCGAAAAGCUUUUGUGUAUAUUCGGUGGUUGUGGCAAAUGGCAAACAUGCCGUCUGUUCGUCACCCGUAAUAUGCCAACUACAAACAGUUCCUUGAAUCCUAGACAUAUUAUUGCUUUAACAUUUGCAGCUGAACCACUUGUCUGGUAUUAUUUAUUUGGUAUUUAAGGACCUAUCACAGCUGACCAGAGACAUAGUAUAGGGGCUCUGCAGGGCAAACUUCAAGCAGGUUUAUCUUGAACGCCUUAACAUUUGCUGUGAUAAAUGUGCGUGCUCAUCUCCAUAUGGUGUAGAUCAACUCACUGAUGCUAAUUUUUAUGACAUGAAUAGUUAUAAAGCCUCUAUGCAGAGUCUCUAUCCUCCAGCUUGGAACUGCCUGCCCCGCCUCUCUGCCAACAAGGUGAUAGGAAAAAGAAGGUGUCUGGGACUACGCUUUACACACACCCUGUAAUUUAUUCGUCCUUUGGUAUAGCCUGUGUUGUUUUCUUCAUCAUUUUUUUGUUUUUGACUGAUGCUUCAGUCAAAUGUUGUUUACACGAACCAAUAUUAUGUUGCAAAUUCUGUAUGGAUGUAAAAAAAAAAAAAGAGAAAAAAGAAAUGAUAUAUGUAUUGAGAUUUAUCAUAAUAAAUUGCAAAGUGA